AUGCCCCCGCGCAAGAAACAAAAGACCUCGUCAACCCCCUCGCAGGCCGAGCAUCCGCAGCCCACGCCCACUGGCCGCGAGAUAGAUUACGAUGCGAUAGUCGCAGACCCAUGGACAGACGAGCAGGAGACGUCGCUGCUAAAAGGAAUAAUACGAUGGAAGCCUGCAGGUAUGCACAAGCACUUUCGCAUGCUAGCUAUCUCGGAUUAUAUGAAGAGUCAAGGAUAUGCGACGCCGACUGAGCAACAUACACGAAUACCGGGCAUAUGGAAGAAGCUGGGCACACUCUACAAUCUACCUGCGCUAGAUGAGAGGGAAGAGCCAGUAUCUACAGAAGAGUCGGAAGAUGCGGAGCAACCACAAGAGCUGUAUUGCCCAUUCUCACUACCGAUGGACGAGUUUGGAGAGAUGAUGUGGGACCGACGAAUAAAUCCUGAGGGCUCGGUGUCUCCGUCAGUUAGCGGGAGAGGAACUUCGAGACGGGCUAGCACAAUUGCAGAUACAGAUGAACCACGGUCAUCACCUGCACCGUCACGAGGAAGCCGGCGCGGAGGACGUUCGAAGCGUCAACCACGAGGCAGCACGCGCUCUUCACGAUUACAAGUCGAGGUAGAAUCGAACAGGGAUGCAACUAGCGAUAAAGGAAGUGCCAAUGAAAUGGAAGAUGGGGACGAAGACGACACAGAGGCCGGGAGAGAGGGUAGCGAUGAGGAUGGUGAUGGUGAUUCGAAGAUAGCAGAGUCACCCGCGCCGCGAGCUACGAGGACACAAGCGACGCGCGGGAAGCCCAAGAAAGGGAGGCCUGCAUCGAAACGAGGCGGUCGACGGCGGUGA